AUGACUGAUCACGAGACCAAGAUUCCUCUGACAGAUACCAUGCCAAGAAAUGAUAUACCGUUGGUUAUCCUGAAUGAAAAUGGGGACGCAGAGAAAGCGAUGGUCGUUCCAAUUGACGAUGACCCACCACCAGAUGGUGGCUUGCAGGCUUGGACUGUUGUAGCGUCCUCCUUUAUCAUACACUUCAUAUGCUGGGGAACUCCAUAUUCAUGGGGUGUGUGGCAGCGAUACCUUGUAGCAAACGGACAAUACGGCGACAAUGUGUCGCUUGCCUUUCUUGGUACGGCAGCAACAGGAAUGAUUUUCUUACUGGGCACGCCUAUUGGAAUUCUCACACCGAGAUUUGGGUUUCGACUUCUCAUUCAAAUCGGGGCUGUGGUUUUUGGCCUCGGGUAUAUACUGGCAUCCUUUGGAACCACGUUUUGGCAUAUUAUGCUUACGCAAGGGAUUUUGGGGCCAAUUGGUAUCGCUCUUUGCUUUUUCCCUGCAAUAUCGAUUCCAUCGCAGUACUUUUUGAAGAAGCGUGCCAUCGCUACUGGUAUUGCCGUGUCUGGAACAGGUCUCGGUGGAUUGACAUACUCUGUAAUGAUCGAAGCCAUGUUAAACAAUCUGGGAUAUCAAUGGACUGUGAGGAUUGUCGGAAUAUACUCAGUCGUACUGCUACUGCUAGUAUCGAUGCUAAUCAAACAAAGGAAGGCAAACACCACGACAAUGAAAAUCAAUUGGGUGUAUUUCAAAGAUUUUCGACUGUGGUUGUUUAUACUGCAGGCCACGUUUGGUGCUUUUGGAUUCCAGGCCCCUAUAGUGUUUCUGAGUCAGUAUGCUGGCACGAUUGGGCUGUCGAGUGGCCAAGGAGCUAUCACGUUGUUGGUGUUUAACCUUGCAGGUGUCGUAGGAAGAAUAGGACUUGGAUUAGGCUCUGAUUACCUGGGCAGGCUGAAUGCCUUCGUAGUGACACUAUUGUUUUGUGGUUUGUCCAACCUCCUCGUGUGGACAUUUGCCAGUACAUAUCCAAUAUUACUGUUGUAUGCCUUCCUUCAAGGCAUCGGAAUUGGAGGAUAUGUGUCCACGACUCCUCCAGCUAUCGCGGAAAUCUGGGGGCUCAAAGACAUGUCAUUCCUAUACGGUAUCGUGAAUCUCCCCACUGGAAUUGUGACGUUCUUCGCUGCAACUUUGGCGGGAAUCAUAUACAAUCACACAAACACACUGUACUCGAACGCGUACUUGGCUGUCACCCUUUAUGCUGGUGCAGCAAUGACAGCAUCGGCGUUCGUUGCCAUUAUAAUAAGACUGUCUGUGUCUACUAAACUGUUUGCAAAAAUGAUGUUCGAGAAGGAAAUCGUGAUUGAUGGCAAGGGCCAUUUGAGUGGUCGUCUGGCUUCCAUCGUGGCCAAACAAGUCUUGUCUGGUCAAAAGGUCGUAGUAGUCCGUACCGAAGAAAUCAACGUAUCUGGCUCAUUCUUCAGAAACAAACUGAAGUUCUUGGCCUACUUGAAGAAACGUUGUCUCAUCAACCCAGCCCGUGGUCCCUUCCACUUCCGAGCCCCAUCCAGGAUGUUCUACCACACAAUCCGUGGUAUGAUCCCACACAAAACUCCCCGUGGUGCUGCCGCCCUGGAACGCUUAAAAGUAUUCGAAGGUGUCCCUCCACCAUACGACAAGAAGAAACGUGUCGUCGUACCGGAAGCAUUACGUGUCUUGCGUCUGCAACCAAACCGUAAAUAUACUGUAUUGAAGCGAUUGGGUGCUGAAUUGGGUUGGAAGUACAAUGAUGUCGUCGCUACCUUGGAAGAAAAACGUAAAGCAAAGGCACAAAAGUAUUAUGAAGCAAAGAAGGCUGUCGUACGUGCUAAGGCUAGAGCUGCUGCCUCAAAACAAAGUGAAUUGAAGCCAAUCAAUGACAAGUUGGCUGCUUUCGGAUACUAA